AUAAAACAAGCGUUCAAUAUUAAUUAAUAUGUUUGCAUUCAUAUAUUAUUUUACAGCAAUGUUUACUUCGACGAUCGAUACACAGCAUUGUACCGAAGGUAACCAACUUGAAAUGACGUGCUCCAUUCAUACAGCUAACAUUGAAGUCAAAUGGUACAAAAAGGGAAGUGAACUACAUAAGUCUAGCAACAUUUUGAUUACCAGCAGAGGUAAUCAGCAUACAUUAACAAUCGUAGAAACAACAGCCACAGAUUCUGGAACAUACUGUGUUAAGGCAGAAAACGUGGAAAUGGAAUUUUCAAUCAAAGUGAAAGCUAUAUUCAAACGACGUUUAAUAGAUAUAACAACCAUGGAAGGCAUAGAUAUAAAACUUGAGUGUGAAACAGUGGAAGAAAACUGUCAUGCCCUAUGGUUUAAGGAUGAUGAGAAAAUAGAUUUACUAGCGAGGAUGACAAUAGAAAGGAAACAAGAAUGUUUACAUACCCUAUCCUUAGCACCAACGAGUGUUCGAGACAGUGGGACAUAUAGCAUUAAGAUUAAUGGGGCUACGAGUAUCGGAAAUGUAAACGUUAAAGAAAUGCCAGAAACAAUAAAACGUAUGUCAAUUCAAGACAGAGAGGAGUUUCUGAAGGCAGCAAAGUCUGGUAUAACGAAACGGCAUACUAUCAGAAUUAUGAUUGUGGGUGAAAAAUCAGUUGGAAAAACAUGCUUAUUAAGACGAUUGAUGGAUGAACAGAUAGAUGAUGUUGAAAGCACUGAUGGGAUCAAUAUUGAAAGGCGGAAAUGUCAAAUUGACAUAGAGACUGGAAAGUGGCAUUUCCGUACAACCGGUCAAAAUCAUCAUGGAUCUCCUGAUCAUAUGGAGCAAUUUGCAAACUGUGGAUUUUGGGAUUUUGCUGGACAGAGGGAAUUCUAUGCAACACAUCAAACCUUUCUAAGUUCAAAUGCUGUUUACCUGUUGGUUGUAGAUAUAUCUAAAGAUUUUACAAAUAAAACAUUUGAUAACAUGAUAGAAAAAGAAUUCGAUAGUAAUGGAGAAUAUAUUGACUUCUGGUUAGAUAACAUACACUGUUAUAGCAGAGACGAUACGACCACAUCAGUACACAAUAAAGAAAAUACCUUACUAAAUCCACCUGUUAUAAUAGUGGGUACUGGGAUCGACAAAGUUUCUGAGGUAGAGAAACAGAAGAUGGAAUUUGAGCGUAAUGUGAGCAAAAUCCUUUCUGGACAUGAAAAACGGAGGCAUCUUCGAAAAAUACAUUAUGUAUCAAAUACGCUUCCAUCUGAUGAUAAACAAGAAUUUAAAAGUCUGCGGGAAGAUAUCGUUCGUCAUGCUAAGGCCUUAACAACUUGGGGAGAUAAUCUUCCAACUCGUUGGGUAGUUCUUGAAAAAGAAAUUGACACGAAGUCACCGGAACAUGUUAUUUCGUAUACUGAUGCUAAAAAUUUAGCAAUGAAUUGUUCUUUCCAUGAUGACAGUCAGAUGACCUUAGAACUAGACUCUUUCCUAAAGUUUGAACAUGAUAUUGGAAAUCUCAUAUUUUUUGAGGAUGUGAGAAAUUUCAUUGUAUUAGAUCCUAAAUGGUUAAUGGAUACAUUUAGAUGUUUUGUUUCACAUCAGUAUACAAAUGAAUCUAUUGGUAUGCCAGAAUGGGAUGACCUUGAACGUACAGGCAAAUUGUCAGAUAAAUUAAUUAAAAAAUUAUUAGAAAAAGUUCCGGAAUUGAACUCACCAGAACGUAAACAAUUUGUUCUACAAAUCAUGGAAAAGUUUGAUAUCAUUGUGAGACCGAUAAAUAAUUACGCAAGAAACGACUUUUAUAUGCCUUGCAUGAUUAAGGCGGGGCCAUUACACAACAUUAUAGGAAAAUCGGAAUCUGAAGAUGGAAGAAAAAGCUCAUGGUUUUGUCUAAAGUUUAAUUUUUUACCACCAUCAUAUUUCAAUCAUAUUUUAGUAAGUUUUGUAAAACGCAAAGAACUGUUGGUUGAAAAAAAUAGACGGUUGCGCAUAUAUCGCAACAUUGGAGAAUUUCAACUCAACACAUCUGGUAGCCAAACACUUGUUAUUUGUCUCUCAAAAAAUGCAGUCGCUAUGCAAGUUAAACAGUUGAAUUGUAGCGAAGAUAUUUGUUUCAGUGACGUUAAAAAUGUUCUGUUAGACCUUGUUGAUUCAAUUAAAAAACGAUAUGGUAUAAAUAUAACAUAUACAAUCCAAUUUAAAUGUGCAAAUGGAAUUUACAAUAGUAAGAGAAUUGAUUUAGAGACUUUAAUGGAAACUGGUGAAUAUCUCUGUAAAGAACACGAAACAAUGCAUACAAGCAAGGAAAUAUACAGCAGCUGGUUUACAGAAGAAGAGAUUGAUUUAGAAAGCAAAAACCAAAGCCAAAGAAGAUUUAUUGAUCCGAGUAUGACAAAUCUGAGACGUCUUACCAUAGAUAAUGAUGGGAAUGUGCUAGUGCUAUGUGAAAAGGAAGGUGAUUGUUUGGGAUAUGUUGUCAAGGUAGAUUCUAAUGGCAAGAAAAGUGAAGUAGUAAUUUCAAAUAUUAACACGUCAUUAGAUGAACCUCUUAUCUGUUACGAUCCCUCAACAAAUUCAGAAGUUAUUGGAGUGCAUGAUACAGUUUACAUUUAUAAGAGAAAAGCAUAG